AUACUCUGUUUACAAGGACCCAGCAGGCUGGCUGAAUAUUAACCCCAUAAAUGGGACCGUUGACACCACAGCAGUGCUGGACCGCGAGUCGCCAUUUGUCCACAACAGCGUGUAUACCGCCCUCUUCCUAGCAAUCGACAGUGGCAACCCUCCCGCUACUGGGACCGGAACUUUGCUGAUCACUCUGGAGGACGUGAACGACAACGCCCCCUUCAUUUACCCCACAGUCGCUGAAGUCUGUGAUGAUGCCAAAAACCUCAGCGUCGUGAUUUUGGGAGCAUCAGAUAAGGAUCUUCACCCAAAUACAGACCCUUUCAAAUUUGAGAUCCACAAACAAGCUGUUCCCGAUAAAGUCUGGAAGGUCUCCAAGAUCAAUAAUACGCACGCCCUGGUAAGCCUUCUUCAAAACCUGAACAAAGCCAACUACCACCUGCCCAUCAUGGUGACAGAUUCAGGGAAACCACCCAUGACGAACAUCACUGACCUCAGGGUACAAGUGUGCUCCUGCAAGAACUCCAAAGUGGACUGCAACGCGGCGGGGGCCCUGCACUUCAGCGUGACCUCAGUCCUGCUCAUGUCCCUCUUCAGUUUGGCUUGUCUGUGAGAACUCCUGAUAUUUGAAGCUUGACUACCAAGUUUCCAUAGCAACAGGAAAAAGGAAAAAAAAAAAAAAAUCCAAAUCUGAAGAUUGCAGUUUACAGCUCUCAAACUUCACACCUAGGCCUCAAUUGUUUCAGAUUUUUGUUUUCUUUGCGACUUCACUGGGUCUGUACUUCACCAUUUCUCCUUUAAUUAAUGGAAUCUGCUGAAUUUCCCUGAAUGUUUAAAGAUCACAGCAUCUAACUUGACCUUCUGGGAGCAGAGACAGUGACUACAUUUUCUGAUGCGUUGCCAUGUCGCUAGUCAGCACUCCACACAUGCAGCUUUGUCUGUGGGUUCGUAUUUGUAUAUGUGUGAGUAUCUGUAUGUGUAUAUACACAGUAUUUAUAGAGAGAAACGCUACAGAAGGAGCUUAGUUUUGAUAUGUCAUUCUUCCUUGAGAGGUUACACAAGGAAAGGACAGAAGCUACGCAGCUGUCCCCUCCAGGGCCUCGGCAUCGAGCGAGGCACUGUACAGACCACAGAGCUGACGCGUCUCCAGCGCCCCGGGCGGUCUCCGUGCCGCCUCCACCUGCCAGGCAGGUCUGCAGAGAGGGAGAGCAGAGACACAAGUCCUUUCUCUUUAGUAAAGGACUGCAACCGAUUUUCACUGCCACCCCAUGCCAUGAUCCCGAGCAAAAGUGGUGAGGAGCAGAGCAGCAAAUUUUACCAUCAAAUGCCAAGAAAAGGGCUGAAAUAUUCUUUCGGGGGCAUCCCUCCGCCCUUGUAGGUGUCCUGAAUCCAGUCCCAGCGGUUCUUACGAGGACGCAGAUCAUGGCAGAGAAUCUGUCUCUCCUCGGUAUCUGGACCUUUGCAGACGUCAUCGUGGAGGCCCUCCCUGCGUGGGAGGAGGCCGACAGGCCCCACGUGUGUACACAUACAUACCCACACGUACAGACAUCCCUUCAUGCACACACACGUUUGUUUCAUAUAUACAGGCAUAAAAUAGAGUAAAUACAGGUAGUUUUAAAAGUACCCUUUUGUGUGACUCGACUACCGUUUGCAAACCUGAAAAUAAAAGGUGUUCAUUAUGUAUGAAAAGUAACUGAUUUUUAUUCUGUGAGCAUGUCAAAGAGGAAAGUUCGUGCUUGUACUAAGAUUAUCUUCUUGUUGAUAAACUGUAAAGAACCAUCCAAGCUCACACCAAAUUUUUCUAUCAGAUAAAACUAGUGACAGCCUGUGGCUUUUUAUUAGAGCUGGCCACGAACUAGGGUAAGGUAAGUGUCCUAGCAUAUUUCAGUGCAGUUGCUUACUAAAGGUUUUAAUCACACGCACAUGCGCGCACCCACGCUUUCUUAUGCAAUCUCUGUUUGCACCUGUGAUUUCAGUUCGCCUUCUGUAGGGAGUAGGAGUCAUAUGUUGUCUUUUAUUGUAGUGAAAUUAUGCAGAUAGAGUUCCAUAUAUUGUAUUUGUUUCAAUAGUAAGUCUUUUUGGAGCAUAUAGAAUGCAGAUUUUUUUUUCCAUUAAAAUAAAUGGGUAUUGGUGGUUAAAACGGCUGGA